UCAACUUAGAUAGGCUUGUGGAAAAAACAAAAACGAUAAAGCAUGUUGUUCAUGCCAAUUGUUUUAUAGGAAUGUAGCUGAACUGAAAGAAUUGUGAUUCUGCUCCAAAUAUUGUGUUCACAUGUUUAUUAAAUAAUUAAUGUAUUUUUUCAUAUUAAAAAGUAAAAUAGGAUUAGAGGAAUGAAUAAGUGAGUAGUAGAAAAUGUGGAGUCUCGAGAAGCGUGACAACUUAUGGAUCCUGACUCUCACCGGCGACGACCAAAACCGCCUCAAUCCAACCCUAAUCGAUUCCCUUCUCUCAACCCUAACAAAUCUCGCUUCUCAAUCCACUCCCGGCUCCGUCCUCAUCACCACCGCCAAAGGCAAAUUCUUCUCCAACGGCUUCGACUUACCAUGGGCUCGCACCGCCGGCUCCAAAUCCGCCGCAAUGAAUCGCCUUCGUUCCAUGGUCGAGUCCUUUAAACCCGUCGCGGCGGCGCUGAUUUCUCUUCCUAUGCCAACCAUCGCCGCCAUCAACGGCCACGCCUCCGGCGUCGGAUUCUUGCUUGCGAUCUGCCACGACUAUGUCUUGAUGAGGAGUGACCAAGGCGUGUUGUACAUGCCGGAGGUGAAUCUCGCGCUGCCGAUGCCGGAUUACUUCGCUGCCGUGAUGAGAGACAAGAUCAAGACACCGGCGGUGCUGCGUGAUGUGUUGUUGGCCGGUGUUAAGAUCAAGGGGAAAGAGGCUGUUAAGAUGGGAAUCGUGGAUUCGGCGCAUGAUAGUGCAGAGAGUACGGUAGAGGCUGCUGUGCGCCUGGGGGAACAAUUGGCACAGAAGAAAUGGGUUGGGGAAGUGUAUGCAGAGAUAAGGAAGAGUUUGUAUCCUGAUUCGUGUGAGGUUUUGGGAUUGACUCCGAAAUCGCUCAUUUCGAAGAUUUGAAUUGAGUUUCAGAAUUCAAUUUUAUGCCAUUUUAUUAAGGAAUUUACUUGGAUUCUUUAAGAUUAUGUUUCAAUGCAUGUGAUGUGAGCUUGAAGAUUGUGUUAAUGAAAUCAUUGGAUUCAGAAUAAGUUUGAGGAAA